CUUCUUCAGUUUCCCCUUCCCCACGCCUGAUCAGAAGAGAAUCUGCCCGGCCGCAGCCAUGGCGAAGAACUACCCGGUGGUGAGCGCGGAGUACCAGGAGGCCGUCGAGAAGGCCAGGCAGAAGCUCCGCGCGCUCAUCGCCGAGAAGAACUGCUCCCCGCUCAUGCUCCGACUCGCGUGGCACUCCGCGGGCACCUUCGACGUGUCCUCCAAGACGGGCGGCCCGUUCGGGACCAUGAAGAAGCCCGCCGAGCAGGCGCACGCCGCCAACGCCGGGCUCGACAUCGCCGUGCGCAUGCUCGAGCCCAUCAAGGAGGAGAUCCCAGCCAUCUCCUACGCAGACCUCUACCAGCUCGCAGGAGUUGUCGCCGUGGAGGUGUCCGGUGGGCCCGUCAUCCCCUUCCACCCGGGGAGGGAGGACAAGCCUCAGCCCCCACCUGAGGGUCGCCUUCCCGAUGCAACCAAGGGUUCUGACCACCUAAGGCAAGUCUUCGGCAAGCAGAUGGGCUUGAGUGAUCAGGAUAUUGUUGCCCUCUCUGGUGGUCACACCUUGGGAAGGUGCCACAAGGAGAGGUCUGGUUUUGAAGGACCCUGGACAAAGAACCCUUUGAAGUUUGAUAACACUUACUUCACGGAGCUUCUGAGUGGUGACAAGGAGGGUCUGCUUCAGCUUCCUAGUGACAAAACCCUGCUGACUGACCCUGUCUUCCGCCCCCUUGUGGAGAAAUAUGCUGCGGAUGAGAAGGCUUUCUUUGAGGACUACAAGGAGGCACACCUCAGGCUAUCUGAACUGGGGUGA